GUCCGCGCUGCUUUAGUAGUACGGGACAAACCUAUCUCGCCAGGUAUCUAGACAUCCUAAAUAUGGUGUUAUUAAAAUUGAAGGCAACUCCUACUAAAUGUGCUGAGUGCUACUUUCUCUCCAUUUAAUCGCGUUUAGCUGAUGAGCAAGCAACAUAAGCUGAUAAGACCUAAAAGAAAAUAGCGGUGUUCUUCGAACGAAGUGUCUCGUGAUAUUUAUUCCGCACCGAGUUACAGACUCCGUCUGGUCAGUCCCGCCGCCAGAAAUACUCCCAUGUAGUGAUAGGACUAUUGGACAACUGUAUCUCACCACAUUAUUGUUAACUUAUUGCCUUAAAAUAAAUAACAACAUACACAUACACUCAGAGACACGUAGACACAUAUACCUGUGACACAUUUCAGUGAAAUUAUCAAAGAUGGAAGAAGUUAUUAAGACAGAGUUGGGUUGCACUAUGGUAAAGAAGGUCGGUAGUAGUGGCGGUGGGUCUAUCUGCGGAGGGAACAGCUAUGAGACGGACAAAGGGAAGAUUUAUGUGAAGUUUAGCAAUGAUUCUGCGGCGAUGGCAAUGUUUGAGGGCGAAAUGGCCAGCGUAGAAUCAAUACUUCGCACCAAAGCUGUAAGAAUUCCAAAACCAUACAAGGUAUUUAAGCUACCUGGAACUGGUGCAGCCCUAGUUAUGGAGUAUGUCGACCUGAAAAGAGGAUUAUCUACCUUUGCAUCUCAACUAGGCCAGCAGAUGGCAGCGAUGCACAAACACAACGACGACUUAUACAAGAAGGAGAAGAAGGAGAGCAACAGGCUCCAUGGUUGUAGUGAUGGUGAUGAUGAUGAUGAUGAUGGUGAACCGCAACACCAGCCUCGUUUUGGUUUCCCUGUAGCAACAUGUUGUGGUAGAAUCCCUCAGCCCAAUAAAUGGAAAGACAGUUGGCCUGAAUUCUAUGCUGCCAAAAUUGAUUGUCAAAUCACCCACCUGGAAGAAAAUUAUAGGAACCAUGAAGUUCGAGGACUCUGGGACCAGCUGUUGAGGAAAUACUCCAUAUUCUUUGAUGAUCUUCCUAUUAUUCCCCCAGCUCUACUUCAUGGUGAUCUAUGGAGUGGCAAUGUAUCGGAGAAUGACGAGGGGCCUGGUGAGUAUAUUAUUAUCGUAGGCGUAGGAGUGGCUGUGUGGUAAGUAGCUUGCUUACGAACCACAUGGUUCCGGGGUUCAGACCCACUGCAUGGCACCUUGGGCAAGUGU